GCUUUAGGACCCAAAGACGUGUUUCCCCUCCAGUCAGGUGCUGUCUGGGUGUGUUUGCUUGUAAGGGCGUUUCUGCCUGAAACAAGAACGUCUCGCUGCUCUGACUGAACAGGUUUUUUACACCCACUGGAGCAGUCGGUGGAUUUUCCUUUUAAGCAACCCUCCAAAUAAAUCUCAAGAUGUCAUUUUUAUUAAAAAAAAUGGUUGGUGGUCUUAUCGACUACGCUAUAAGUAACAUCGAUUCCAGCCAGUUUAUACCUUCAGAACCUCCUCCAGCCCAAAUGCAUCAGACACAUGCUGCGCUGAAUGAGAGCGCCGAAGAGAAGCAGUUCCGCAGGGUCUUCGAGCAGCUGGCUGGGGAGGACAUGGAGGUGAGCCCUAAUGAACUGAUGGGGAUACUCAACAAAAUCAUCGGCAAGCAUUCCGACCUGAAAACUGACGGCUUCAGCCUUGAAUCUUGCCGGAGCAUGGUGGCGGUCAUGGAUGGUGACAGCAGUGGCAAGUUGGGAUUCCAUGAGUUCAAGUAUUUAUGGAACAACAUCAAGAGGUGGCAGGGUAUAUACAAGACGUAUGAUGCAGACCGUUCAGGUACCAUUGAAGGAAAUGAGUUGCCCAAAGCUUUCAGAGCUGCAGGCUUCCCUCUCAAUGAUCAGCUGUUCCAGAUGAUCGCUCGCCGGUAUUCUGACGAAAAUGGGAGUAUGGACUUUGAUAAUUACAUUGGCUGCCUGGUCAGGCUGGACGCCAUGUGCCGUGCAUUCAAGACCCUUGACAAGGACAACAAUGGAACUGUCAAUGUCAACAUUCAGGAGUGGUUGCAAUUAACCAUGUACUCCUGAAACAUGAAGAUAUGAAACUACAGUCACCCCUUACAGUCACGUUAGCGAGGGUUAGGGGGAGGAAGAUCCCCUCAAAUGUGCAAAUUCGCGAGUAAUACUUGGGUCCACUGUUAAAAAUGUAAAAUUAAGGGAACUCAAAAGUUACUAUGAGAUGUGAUUUUCGUGACUUCACUAAUUUGCUCCCUUGUAUAUGUCUUAUGCUUGUGUCCUCUACAUGAGCUUUUAAGGCAUAAACAAACAAACUUUGGUCUUUUGUGCCUUGAAAUUCCAUUUCUGUGAUAUGUAUAAACAGAGCAUAGGUGCAUUACCUAUUAUGUGCAAACUCUGGUUGCAGUAUACAAUACAAUCACUAGAUGGCAUACUAGUAACAUCAAGCAAGACCUGGACAAGAUGUUAGUCUUUCUUUUCUUCAGUCUGACAGUGUGGUUUUUUUUUUUGUAACAAAAAAAAAGUAUCUGAAUAAAAGUGAUUAUCUGAUA